AUGGGUACUAAGGUAUCAGGGCCAAAGGUUUCGAUGUUGAUGGGAAAAUCGAGAGUCCAACGGAUAGCUCCCAACACUUACCAUGGGGGAGGCUUGUACCCAUUGGAUGGAAAGCCAGGAGUAAAGCCGUUUUUCAUAUUGAGAUCGGUCUUGGUUAAUGGAUGGGUAAGGCGAAGGUUGACGACGGUGGAAGAAUGGACAGUAAAGGAUGCGCCAGUGAGAAUAGUGAAGCUAGCUCAAGAGGCAGGGGAAGAUAUGAACCGGCUGUGGAAGUCAUUAAGACCUGGGCGGUGUCUGGAACAUGGAUUACGCCAUCUGCUAUCAGGGAUCGGUGUAACUGAUAGGGAUGGGCGGAUUUCCAAGAAGUUACUCACCUUCGGACGUGCCGAAAAGGAACCCCCAACUGGAGUCUCGGUAAAGCGUGGGAUUGCCGAAAUUACGCGAAGCUUGAAUGAAACUUCCUUGAGAAAGGAAUCGAAAAAGCUGAAGCAAAAACGGAUAUCCGCAUCGGAAAGAAUCGGUGAGACGCGAGCUGAGUUGGAAGGGCCGGAAGAUUGGGACUCGGAGGAAGAAGUGGAUGUUAAGGCCACUAAGAGCGAUGAUGCAAAGGUGGAUUUUUCCAAGUGGAACAAAGAAGUCAUUUGUACGCUGAGAUCUCCAGAGUUGCCAACAGUACAUCCAGCGUUAGCUAUCGUGACACGUUGGAUGGAAGACCGAGCUCUAAAUUCUUUUCGCAAUUGGAUGUUGAAGUGGUAUAAGAGAAAGACCACGAAGGGGUACUUUGACUGGAAACGCAGAGGUCCAACAAAGAACCCAAAAGAAGGUUCGGUAUGGUGGGACGUACAUACGGGAGAGAAUGGCGAGUCUGCUCUGAAACACCAAAGACAUAUUUGGACUGAGAAUGGUCGCACUCUAUAUGAAGCGUGGUGGAGACAGAAUUAUGAGGAGGAUCAAAAGGAAGCAGAAGCGGCUUGGGAUGCUCUAAGUCGUCUCGCUGAUACUACUUGGUGGGAAUGGAAGGGCGGAUCUAGAUGCAUGCAUUGGAAGUGGCCGAGGUUUUACCAGAGUACAAUACGCGAUGGUCUCAAAGGACGUUUCAAGUACACACCCAAAGCCUGGACCCAACCUCAGCGGUCUGGGCAGAAUCCUAAAGCUCACGGACUGAUGAAGAUCAAACUUCAGCUGGUUCGAGCAAAGCGGUACAUCACGAAGGGAUUCGUCAAGUCAUUGACUUCAUUCUUUGGAGUGGAUAAAGGCCUGUUUGAUAUCAGAAUGGUGUAUGACGGUACCAAAUCAGGACUAAACGAUUCUCUGUGGGUGCCGGGAUUUUCCCUGCCAACUGUUGAUACAAUGCUAAGGGCGGUCACGUACGAUACUGUCAUGAGCGAUUUUGACAUUGGAGAUUGUUUCUUAAAUUUCGUAUUGCAAGAGACUCUCCAAUCUUUGUGCGGAGUGGACCUCACUAAUUACUUCGGAGAAGGUGAUAUCUUAUGGGAACGCUGGGUUUGA